UUUUCUAUCGUCGAACUAUGCCAGCAAUGCUUGGAUCGGUGCAAGUGAAAGCGUAGAAUGAAGUUCUGUGCGACACCUCGCUCACAAUUUUGCAUGCCUGCAACACCUCCAAGUAGGUGGUAGAUUGCGCAGAUCCUUGGCGUAAAACAACGCUACAACGCAAAACCCUUCAUAGUAUUUUGCAUUUUAGUUGAAGCGCCGGUGCGACAAGUGAAAUUCUCAGGUACCGGUACCUGGACAUCGUUUGCCGGUUCGCUCGAGUUCGCAAUUACUACGUCAAGCACUGGAACCUACGUGUCAGACGAUGCACUGGAAUCGCUAUUUGACAUCGUGAAAUUAGCAUCUUCAGGCCAGCUACAACGCAGUAGCUGCACGGGGAGAGUAACAAAACGUGUACCGUUAUGAGCGCUUCUUCUCCCAUCCUGACCAACACCACUGCUGGCAAGCCGGGCCGUACCAGCGCCCUGGGGCCCAACUGCAUGCCAGGCGCCAUCGGCAGCGGACGAGGAGGCUGUGGAAACUCCUUUUUCCGUACAACCACGGCUCUCAGUUCACUGAGAGCUGCGUACAGUGCCGCGUCGACAUCGGCGCAGCCGCCGCCAGUACGGCAGCUGCGAAUGCUGGUGCCGCUGCCGUCGGCAUCUUCCGGGUCACAUCCCACCUCCGUCGCCGCCACCGCCGUCAUCCCCAGAGGAACACUAGGCCGUGGAGCACUGCACAGGUCACGGGCACUUCCGGGAUCGUCACCCUUAUGCAAACGCGGCAGGAACGUUGCCGUACGAUUCUUUCGUGACGGUGCUGCCGCUGCGGAGGGACCGGGAGAUCGCCGUACAUCGCCGACUUCGCCUUCGGGUGCAGAUGCCGCCGCGGCCGCGGGCGCCUCCCGUCGCGGCGUCAACGACCCGGCGUCGCCACCGGAACAACGGCAAGCGAGCGACGGAGGAAGCGAGGGAAAAGAAGAGGUGGCGACGGCGCAACCGCCAACGGACAAUGCUGCCGCGCUUCCUUUCGUCGCGUCAACCCGCCUCCGCCACCACUACUUGCACGAGCAGCCAUACCACGGCGUCCCUCCCAGCGGCGCCGACAGCGGCGACAAUGUCGCCAACCGCGCUGACGCCGCCGCCGCCGCCGGCUCAUUGGAUGCGAGUGCGGCGACCGGCAGGUCUCCGGAGGCAUUCACGACAGGUGGUGGCGGCCCCCUGCAGGAGGCGUCAAGGGCGCGGACGAGGCGUCGGUCGCAUCGAACCCACCAGCAGCACCGGGAGGACCGACUGUUUGAGGAGGCUGAGGAGCGGGCCGUAGCGCUGCACCCCGACAUCCUCCUAGAGGACUUGGUCGCAGAAGCCUCCGUACCCUUCGAUGCGGCCGGCGGCUACGAAGGCGGCGGCGCCGGCGCUGACCUGGACCUCGACCUGGCCUCCAGUGACGCUGCUGCUGCUGCUGGCGGCGGCGGCGGCGGCGGUGACGUGGACGAUGCCGGAGAGGCUGCCGUACGUCCGAGUGGCGGCGCGGGGCCGCAUGCUGGCUUGGCGAUUGAGGACGUGGAUCCAAGAUCUGGUGGAUUCAUGGCAAGUCGGCCGCUUGUGGAUUCAGCGUACGACGAUGUUGGACGAGCGAUUCGUGCUGAGCAAGGCCGCCACGUCCACCACUCCUCCGCCUCCGCUGAGAGUGUGGAGGCGGCGGAGGCGGCAGCCCGCAAGGCAGCCACCGCUGACGACCAGCGGGAGCGGCUGCUGGAUGCGGCUCCGGAGCUGCAGGAGACGUACGGCGUGUACGGCGGGUUUGGUAGCGAGGAGGGCGGCGCAUUGGUGGGCGGAGAAGGCCGACUUGAGGAGCUGCUGGAGACGGCCCCGUUCGGAGAAGACGAGGGAGUUAUGGUGGACCUAGGGGGUGGCGGCGGCGGCGGUGAGGCAGCAGCGGCGGCGGAGGCGGCGGCGGAGGCGACGUCACCCCUGGCGGAUCCGCUGCGGCAGCUGGCGGGCGGCGGCGGCAGCGGCGCGCGGGACCCGCUGACGGCCCUAGAUGCACUGGCGCAUCAGGAGGCGCUGGAGCUGCUCCAGGAGGGCGCCGCGGAUGAGGACAGCGGCAGCAGCAGCAGCAGCAGCAGCAACAACAGCAUGGCUGCCGGGGAGGCCGACGUGGCCGACGUCAUGCCGGCGCCGCCGAUACUGCGAGCCAUGCGGGGCGCCCCGCCCACCGCUGCCGCUGCCGUCAGCAACGGCGGAGGCGCAGGGAGGGCUGGCAGCAGCACGGAUUCCACCAGCAAUGACAAGGCUACGGCCGGCCAGCAGCAGCAGCAGGUGCAACAGGUGCAGCACAACCAGCCAAGGGUAGGACGGAGGCUGCAGUUGAAUGUUGACAGCGGCAGCGGCCCACGCCUGCACCUCCGCCGCCAACAGCAACACCACCAGCACCACCAGCAGGCGCAUGCACCCAACCGCCCCGGAGGCAGCGAACCAGCGGAGAAGGACGCGGCACCCAUGCCGCCGCCGGUUGCACAGACGCUGCCGCCGCCGUUCUUCCGUACAAGCCCUGACGUUCCGGAUGAGGACCUGGAGCACCCGCCGCCAGCAGCGGCAGCGCACGUGCCGCCAGCGGUGCCGCGCGGUGGCGGCGGCGGCGGCGGUGGUGGUGAGCAAACCAAGGGUGUUGCCGCCACCCCAGCGGUGGCCCCCGGUGGGGCGCAUGCUUCAACCGCUGCCCCCGGUCGUCUAAACAACAACCCAGAUGUGGCGGAUGAGGAUGUGGAGCGCCGCGACGGCAACGCAGCGCCGUUGGCGGCGGAGGCGGAUACGAGCGACUCAAUCGCUCCUGGCGACGUCGACGUCGACAGUGGCGGUGGUGGAGGCGGCGGAGGCGGUGGCUUGGUGCAUGGUGCCUCGCCGCUACCGCCGCCGGGAGUACAAGGGCACGUGGGGCAUCAGCCAGCACCGCAGGCGGGGGCGUUGAGGGGCGGCUGGGUUGGCGGCGACAGCAGCAGCAUCGGCAAGGGAGCGGAGGCGCUGCGGAAGCUGCGGUCCUUUGGGGACAUCGACCGGCAGUUUAUUGGACUGGAGUCCUCGGGCGGCAGUUGGGACGAGCGCGGAGAGGAGGGCGCACUUCGUAGGGCUGCCGAGCAACAGCGGGCUGAAGCUCUGGCAGGCCCCAGCAGCGCGGACUUGCAGGAUACCGGCGGACCUAGCGCAGCCACCAGCAGCAGAAGCAGUGGCAGAAGCAGCGGCAGCGGAGGAGAUGCCGGUGCUGCCGACCGCGCGGCUCCUGCCUCUCCUCCUCGGGAGCCAAACGCAAACAACAAGGGCAGCAGCAGCGGCAGCAGCGGCAAUGCCAGCGUACGAACGCUGUCGCCUGGAGCCCGCGGUGCCAGCAGCUCCCUGCAGACGCAGACCAUCGGCAUUCAUGGUCAUCACGAUAACGCAGCUGCCGGAGCUUCAGGCGAAGCUGAGGCUGUGUCGCCUUCCUCUGCCCCCGCGUCUGUUACCCCUGCCGCCGCUGGCUUCGGCGGUGGCGGCGGCGGCUUCACUGUCCUGCGCGUCGAGAGCGUGCCUUCGCAAACGUACGGCGGCGUUCGUACUGCCGCUGUUCUGGCGGCGAAUGGCAAGCUCACGCUGCUGGCAAGACCCACGGGUCCGUCACGCGAGCGUGUCCGCGCGGCGAUCAAGCUGCUACACAUGGCGCCGGAUAGCCGAGAGUUUCGCAGUACUUACGCCGCUGCGGCAGAAGAGGCCUGCUACAACGACGAGCGAGUAGCCGCGGCCGAUGCGGCAGCGGCGGCGGCAGUCGUCGCGGCGGCGGCCAUGGCUGGUUCCAUCGGCACUGCUGGCAUGGAGUUGGAGGUGAUGCACCGCUCUACGCCCGUGUCCUCCGUGGAUGUAGACCAAGUGGUCCAGGAGCAGCCGGGGCUGGUGCUGGGGCAGUCGGAGGUCGAUCCCGCCACCUUUCCAGCUGAACCGCUCUUCCCCGUGGAGUCUGAUUGGCAUGAGCGGCACCUCCCACACGAUCCUCAUGACCCACACGGAACAUCAAGCAUGAUGGACGCGGAGGCCCGGAUGCUUGCGCAGGAGCACGCCGUGCACGAGGAUUACGACGAGGUGAUGGGCCAAAUCGAGGAUGCUCAGCGCUCGGGAUGGGCCGAAGAUGCCGUUGUCCGGGCCUCGUAUGACAGCGACGUAUACUAGUUGUUUACUUCUUUAUGUACACAUAACUGACAGACGACAUUUCGUGGACGACUUGCUUAGAAUCCUGUAGCCCUGGGCUACUUGUGUAGGGCCGUCAAGGGCAGUUGCAGUUUGGCGCCAUUUCGCAUAAUACGGCUGUUGUUUUUGCUGUUGCGUUGUUUUGUAUAUUAUAGUCGCAUGUACGUAAAAUGGUAAGUAGCGUAGACGAUACGGCAUCGGCCAUGAAGGUGUGUCGUGCAUGUAGACAUGGGACUGAUAAAUGACAGCCUUUCAAAUUGUCACUUACAUGAGACGGCUUUGUUGUGCACAAUCAAAAGUUAUAUAUAGCUGUUGGACAGCUUCAGAGCCGCGCUGUAAAGCUUUACAACAGUGCACACUUGCUCUCGCGCCACACCAAAUUAAGAUGACGAACAGGAAGGUCAUUGCUUUGUUCGAUGUCGACGGCACCCUGACAGCGCCUCGCAAGACAGCGACGAAAGAGAUGCUGGAGUUCAUGCAAGAACUGCGAAAGAAAGUCAAAGUUGGCAUCGUGGGUGGCUCGGACCUACACAAGAUUGCAGAGCAGCUCGGAGAAGGGCUCCUCACCUCCUACGACUACGUCUUUGCCGAGAACGGCCUAGUGGCGCACAAGGACGGCGCCAAGCUUGCCAUACAGAGCCUCAAGGCGUUCCUGGGGGAAGACAAGCUGAAGGAGUUCAUCAACUUCUGCCUGCACUACAUUGCCGACCUGGACAUCCCCAUCAAGCGCGGCACCUUCAUCGAGUUCCGCAACGGCAUGCUCAACGUGUCGCCCAUCGGCCGCAACUGCAGUCAGGAGGAGCGGGACGAGUUUGAGAAGUAUGACGAGAAGGCCGGCGUCAGGAAGGCGUUUGUCGCCGCGCUGAAGGAGAAGUUUGCGCACCUGAACCUCACCUACAGCAUUGGCGGCCAAAUCAGCUUUGACGUCUUCCCCCAGGGCUGGGACAAGACGUACUGCCUGCAGUUCCUGGAGGAGUUUGACGAGAUCCACUUCUUCGGGGACAAGACCUACCAGGGCGGCAACGACUACGAGAUCUUCACGAGCGACCGAACCGUGGGUCACACCGUCACCAGCCCCGACGACACCCGCAAGCAGUGCACCGAGAUCUUCCUGACCGCCGCGUGAGGAGGGAGGAGAAGGCUGGCCCUUCGGCCUCGGAGGAGCGACGGUGGUACGAGUGCAGCAUGAGUACGGCGGCAGUGGAUGUUACAUGACGUGCGUGGCGGAAGUGAUGCACGCUUACUGCAUGUAAGGGGUGCCAUAUCCUGCUGGUGCAGCAUCAGCUGCUGAUGCUGUCGCAGGUUGGGAGAUGCGUGAGACAAUUCAUGGGCGUAUGCUUUUGGCUUGGCAGUAAGGCAGCUGUCUGUUUUGCGUAGCAUAAGAGGUAGUUAAACCCUUUAGAGGACUAUGCCGGCACCGCGGAAGUGGUGUUUGUGAGGGCAGGAUGAAUGCGGUGCUUGGGUUAUGGGCGUUGCGGGACGCCCGUUGUGUCAUCAUGGUCGCUGCAUCUUUCCCUUAGGCAGGGCUAUGCAGGCUGGCAGGCAAUAGGCAGGGCAGUGAGCUGUUCCGUAACAAACAUAUUCACAUUUUUUGCUUGAGCUGCAUUUGACAGGAUUGCGUCAGGCGGCUUGCAUGGCCUGCUCCCUAUUUAUCCCUCCAACCUGUUAGGAGGGGACUCAUGGCCCCGUAUUUUAUAGGCAAGGCGUGUUCACCACUCUUAUGCAUUCCAUUAUCUACAAGCCUAAUUGCAUCAGUAAUUGCAGAAGGG